AUGACGUUGCAUACAGUGACAUCUGAAAUAUUUACAGAAAAUGAGAAUUCUUAUAUAAAAUGUAAAAAUGACAAUGCAAUAUCCAGCUUUAUUUUUAAAUAUCCAUCUUACAUGAUUGAACCAAAGGAUCUUCAUAAUAUCAUAACUCAUGAUGAUGAUGAUGAUAUAGAUAUAGAUAGGCAACAAGAAGGAAAAUUAUUAAUAGAACACUAUAUAUCUACAGAAUUACAAUAUGUUGGAUUGCAAGUAUGGCGAGGUGCAUUGUUAUUAGCUGAUUAUAUUUUGUCCAAUCCUGAUUUAUUCAAAGAUAAGAUAAUUUUAGAAUUAGGCGCUGGAGUUGGCUUAACUAGCAUAGUAGCUAGUUUUCUAGCAGAAAAAGUAAUUUGCACAGACAUUGACAUAAAGGGAAUACUAAAAUUAAUACAUAGAAAUUUUGUACGGAAUAAAACUUACAUUAAAUCCAAAUUUGAUAUUGAAGAAUUAAACUUUUUAAAUUUAAAAUGGCCCACAUUUUAUAAAGAAAGGAUAAAUGAAGCAACUGUUAUUUUAGCUGCUGAUGUAAUUUAUGAUGAAAUCAUAACAGAAGGAUUUGUUCAAACAUUGGCAGAACUUUUAAAUUCAAAUACAUUGAAAGUUGUUUAUAUUGCUUUAGAGAAAAGAUAUGUUUUUACUACAGUCAAUAUGGAAACUGCAGCUCCAAUGUAUGAAGAAUUUUUAGGAUGUAUUGAAACAAAACAACUUAAUUGGCAUAUUGAAUAUAUUAAAAUAGAUUUUCCACAGUACUUCAAAUAUAAUAGAGUAAAACAGAUGGUUCUCAUGAAAAUAGAAAACAAAUUAAGUAAAUAA